GAACGGAGGUUACGCAAGUAACCAGGACGUUUAUUACUUUUUUCCUUUAUAUGAAUCAUUUAUACUGGGAUUCUGAUGAAUGAUUUGUUAAAUGAUGACACAGUUGUGCACAUGUUGAGCAACAUAGCUUUAGGCCUACAGUACUUGCUCAAUGAAAAAUACAAAAUGAUGAAAAAAAAAGUUGAAAUUACUUUUUGCUUUUUACACAAAGAUUAUUAACUUAUCAAAAACAUGCAAUGAAUCCUGAAAGAAAAAUAUAUUGUACUUAUUUUCUGUAUAAGCAUAAUUCUAUUUUAUUGCAUCACAAUACCAUGACCAGAUAUGCUUCGAGUUCACGGAUGCUGUUAUCAUGACACCACCGCAGCUGUCAUUACUGGAUGACCCGAACAGCAUGGGGCGGAGAUUAAUAGGCUUUUAAAAGUAUUCUUCGAUCGGUUUGAGCUUUGGCCAGCAGUGAACGAGAUGAUCGAAACAACCAUCAAGCAUAUUCUUGUUUGAGCAGUCUCACUGGAUACAAACAACUUUUAUCUGCAGAAAUGUGCUGAUUCUUAUUUAUCUGCAGAAAUGUGUUCUUGAACUCCAGAAGCCCUACUUUAGCCCAUGAGGUCCGAUGAAUCCUUGAAAGAGGAGUGAUCCUCUCAGACCCUGCCAAAAUAUUGUUUCUUUGGAGCAGCCCGCUCAUCACAUGCUCUCUUCAUUGGAAAUAUAGAUUUUUGUUUGUGUGUUGGUGCACGUGAGCGGUCAAAAGUGUUUCUCCAACGCGUCCUCCAAAAACUCAGACUGUUUUCCGAAGCAGACGAGGCUCAGCCCCCUCAUACGGAAGUUAUGGGAAGUGUGAGAGCCCACCGGUACAGCAUAGUUUCCUCUGAAGAAGGCGGUAUGAAGCUAUCCCCCAUCGACAUGCAAAAUGGCUACGGCAAUGGAAAUGUGGCCGGCAAAGUGCACACACCGCAUCAAACACAAAGCCGCUUUGUCAACAAGGACGGACACUGCAAUGUGCAGUUCAUCAACAUGAGCGAGAAAGGUCAGCGCUACCUGGCUGACAUCUUCACAACGUGUGUUGACAUUCGCUGGCGUUGGAUGGUCAUCAUCUUCUGCCUCUCUUUCCUGUUGUCCUGGCUUCUUUUCGGAUUUAUUUUCUGGCUUGUUGCACUUUUUUCUGGGGACUUGGAGAAUCAGGAACAGAUAUGUAUUUCGAAUGUCGACAGCUUCACGGCAGCCUUCCUGUUUUCUGUUGAAACGCAAACGACUAUUGGCUAUGGUUACCGCUAUGUGACAGAGGAUUGCCCCAUUGCUGUCUUCAUGGUGGUCUUCCAAAGCAUUGUAGGAUGCAUAAUUGAUGCCUUCAUUAUUGGUGCAGUCAUGGCUAAGAUGGCCAAGCCCAAGAAACGAAACGAAACCCUUGUGUUCAGUCACUAUGCCACAAUUGCAAUGAGGGACGGUAAAAUGAGUUUGAUGUGGAGAGUCGGGAACCUACGGAAGAGCCACCUGGUGGAAGCUCACGUUCGAGCCCAGCUUCUCAAAUCUCGCACCACAGCUGAAGGUGAAUUCAUUCCACUGGAUCAAAUAGACAUUGAUGUUGGGUUUGACACGGGUAUUGACCGUAUAUUUUUAGUGUCUCCCAUUACCAUUGUCCACGAGAUUGACGAGGACAGUCCAUUCUAUGAUAUGAGCAAACAGGAACUGGAAAGUUCAGAGCUGGAAAUAGUUGUAAUUUUGGAGGGCAUGGUGGAAGCAACGGCCAUGACCACUCAGUGUCGCAGCUCUUACGUGACGAGUGAAAUCCUGUGGGGCCAUCGGUUUGAGCCGGUUCUUUUUGAGGAGAAAAAUCACUACAAAGUGGACUACUCACAGUUUGAGAACACAUAUGAGGUUCCUAGCACUCCUCAAUGUAGUGCCAGGGAUUUGGCCGAAAAGAAGUACAACAUGUCAACUUCAAACUCUUUUUGCUAUGAGAAUGAAGUAGCCUUCAUGGAUAAAGAGGAAACAGAAGAUGAUGAUGAUGAUGAUGAAGAGGAACAUAGGAACAGUAGAAGAGAGCAUGUGGCCUUGGAGGAAUUUGAUGUUGAUGUGGUCACAAACACGGUUUCCAGUCAGGAUACUUUACCUCUACAACUAAGACAGCAACUCGGACAACAACCUGAAAUAUGACAGACAGACAUGUAUGGAGUUUGUAAAAGGUGAUGAAGACUUUGCUCUAUGGUACAUACAAAACUGGGAGAAGGCUGUCUUGUUCUAUACAGCAAAACACUGACAUUGGUUUUGAAAGGAAUCAAGUGCAGUUUAUGCCAAAUGUAAAGCACUGUAUUUUCACUGAUGGAUUGAAAACCUUAUUUCUGAAUAAUGAAGUAGCCGGUUAAUGAGAUGGUCUCUUCACAACUUUUUAUUUCAUGCUCCUCUUUCAAUAUAUACAGUACUGUACAAAAGUCACCUAAGAAAAUUAUGUUUAAGCUAUUUAUCUGGGUGCUAACAUUGUAUAUGCAGGAUUACAAUAGACCAAAAGCAUUAAUGCAAUACACACAACACAAUUCUUCUAAUGAUUUCAUGUUGAUAUCUUGUGAGAAGUGUAGAAGAACACUGGUUUAUAUACAGUAUUAUAUACUGGUUUAUAUACAGUAUUUGAAAACAUGCUGUCCAGAUACUGUAAAUAGCUUCAAAAAAAAAUUAUUUGAACAUAUAUACAGGGUAUGUGUGUAACUAACGUACAUUGGUCAUUAUGUGUUGUGAUAAUAUCAAUAUUGAAGAUUAGCCAUACUUUUUUUAAAUUAAUGUAACUGCUAAUCUAGGGCACUUAUUGUUUUAUAUAGUAUAUGAAAAUCUACUCAGUCCAUGCAUUGUAUCUGUGAUAUGAGCUCCAGGGCUUGUCAAAGUACACUCAGCAUCUCAGGGUUAGGAUAAAAUCUGAAAUUCAUACAGCAUGAAAAGUCAAAGAGUUGUAAAUAUAUACAGCACACUACAGCAAAUCUUUGAUAAAUUUGUCAAGAGUGUCAUGCUCAAAGCAAUCUAUAGUACAUGCUUUUGAUGUGCAAUAUACAGUAGGUCCAGAGACUGAAGACAUGAAUGUUAAUGUGAAUUAUCUGCUGCUAUUUAGGAAAAGAUUAUACAAUAUUAAAUGGAAAAAAGUACAAAAUAGUAUUUAAAUGUAUUUUGUUUUGUAUGACAUCAUUGUGUUACAGACAAAGCAAUAAUGACUUGCGAUGCUGGCAGGUUUUGAAAAACCAAACACAAUAGAGCACUAAUAUCUAAUUUGGGUUUCUUUUAUUUAAGAAUGUGACAGUAGCAGUCAAAACCACUUCUUAUCUUUAUACAUUUUUUCUUUAAAAAGAAAACCUAAAAACUGUAUUCUAUAACCUAUGUGCUCAAGAUUAGCUUCCCGUGCAAAUACCUCUAUUAAUGGAUUGAUGUGAUAAAAUAGGAUUAUUUUUUCUAUUGACAUUUGUUUGUUUGAUUGCUUGAAAGUGGAAGUAAUAAUCUGUCAGAAUAAAA